AUGUCACCACACACUGGUUUUAAGUUUGAAUGGGCAAGUGGUGGCUUCUUCAUUGAUGAGGAUGAGGAGAAGAAAUUCGCUUUGCUUUUCGAUCUAGAUGGAUUUGUAGAUGGAUUAGGCCCGGCCUGUCGCACCCAAACAGCAUACAUCAUUGGAGAAGACGGAUACUACAAAUCUCUGGAAUUCGAAGAAGAAGCAGCGGAUGUGAGGAUGCUUAGAAACUGUAACGAUCCUCUCACACUUGUGUCUUCUUGUUAUCUUCCAAGUUUGGUGCAAAUCAAGAAACCACAAGAAAGGAAAAGGAAAGAAAGAGAUGCUUAA